AUCUAGACGAGUACUAGCAAUUAGUCAACUCGACGUGUUAACCCUCUGUAACAACAAUACCGCCAAGCGGUCUGGAUCGAUGUGGACGACGGAACCGCAGUCCCCGCAAACAAACGAUUCGAUCUUUCACCUGUCGAAGAUAACCGAUGGCGGGCAGUGAGCAAAGUUCUGGAUGGCAAUCAUACCAUGAAACUGGCCUGUAUACAGAGUUCAAUACAGUGUUCUCGCCAGCGUGCUUGGAUUUUCAACCACAUUUCUCUGCGCAAGAUAUAGCUACAUCGUUCGAAGGUACUUCUUUCAAUCUUCGUCCUUUGGCAGAACGAGAAACUGGUCCAUAUCAACAAGGCCGAUCCCCUGAACAUAUGGUACUCCCAGAUGUGACACGACAGAUUCUAGGGCAAUACGAGAAGCCACAAUCGCUGCCUCGCCAGAGAAGCAGAUAUAGGUUGAGACAGUCGCUGAACCGAGCAGAGUCUACAGCAGCUACAUCUGGCGAACAACUAUACGACUUGAAUUCACUUCCCUUAGAACGAUGGCGAAACUCGCCGCCGCAAGACGAGGCAGUUUCGCUCUCCGCCAUCUAUGGCGCUAUGCAGAGUUAUCCACACCAUGUCCCACAGCCAGGUGGUCAGUCUUAUGACAACAACAUUGGAAGUCUACAAGACUACGCUGGACCUUCCUCCACUGCAAGUCGUGACAGUGGGGCUAGCAGCUCGUCUGCGCUGUCGGGUACUUCAGAUCUUUCGGAUGCUUCCAGCAAAAGUUACCGUAUCCCAGCAAAGAAAUCACGUCGUCGACCCAGAGUUACAGCAAAAAGAAGGAAUGGGGGCAGUAAUAUGGCAGAUCGCAUCUUCAAGUGCACGUUUUGCUGCGAUGCUUUUCGACACAAGUACGAUUGGGUACGGCACGAGAAGUCAGUACAUCUAAGUCUAGAAUCGUGGUCAUGCACGCCGAAUGGUGCUCUAGUGACGCGCCCUCAGACUGGAAGAGUGCACUGUGCUUACUGUGACCUGCUCAAUCCGAAACCCGACCAUGUUGAUUCACACAACCAUCAUGCCUGCCACAAUAAUCCAGACAUUCGACGCGUCUUUCGACGCAAAGAUCAUCUCAUACAACACUUGCGCCACGUUCAUGGAGUAGAUACAGUACCAUUAAUGGACGAUUGGAAGCUUGAAACUAUGACGGUUGUAUCACGCUGCGGAUUCUGCAAUGCCGAAUUAAUGACCUGGGAACAGCGGGCAGAUCAUCUCACUGAACAUUUCCGUGCUGGGAAAACAAUGCUUAACUGGCAAGGAGAGCAUGGCUUUGAUGCUGCUGUUGCUUCUCAAGUAAGCAACGCUCUGCCCCCUUUUCUCAUCGGCGCCGAAUCGUUAGCACCAGUGCCGUUUUCGGCGACAAACCCUGCAUCUAUCGACCAUUUCAGGCAGAUAUCGUCUCAAAUGAGUGAAUUCAUUCAAGAGACAUCAACGCAAGCGGGCGAAUGCCAAGAGGCAGACCUUAUCACAGAUACCAACUUGCCUGCUGUGCCAAGAACGGAUAUCCAAGACACGACUUCAAGAUUGCCACAGGACACCGUCGCAUUUAUCGAUAUAUUGACGCGGCAUCUUGGUCGGUUUGCAAGAGAGCAGAUGGCCGCGGGACAAGUACCCACAGACGAGAUGUUCCAACGAGAAUCUAGGCGGUUGAUAUAUGGCGACGCGGAUGAUACUUGGAAUAUAACGGUGGCGGACAAUGCCGAUUGGCUGCGAUCCUUCCGGCAACAGAACGCAUAGAUCAUCAAGUCUAUCUCCGGUGAGAAUCGGAGGAGUCGAGGACCACGUAGUUCAUGGUGAGGUCAUACGACCUGUUCUCUACCACCAGCAUGCUAGCGGACUUGCUAGUCGUGGAAGUUUGAGCUCUGGAGCAGACUAUUCCUCAAAAUAUCACAAAUUAGAGACCAGAGAAGUAGCCAGCUUUUCCCGGUAAAAUAUACAUUUGGUGGCAAU